AUGUUCAAAUGGGUAUCAAGGGGUAAGAAUUAUUUGCUAUAUACUGCGAAAUGUCAGGCUAAUAUCUACAGGAUCUACCAGGAGGUGGGCGAAGGCGAGCGAGUGGCCUUACUGAAACUCGCCGCCGAGUCACUAGAGAAGCAGGGACGGCCUUUACGAAUAGCUAUUGAUAUUGCGAUUUGGCAAUUCCAAAAUCAGGCGGCGCAAGGCGGCACGAACCCCGAAAUUCGAACUUUAUUCUACCGACUCGUUCGUCUACUGGCCUGUCCAGUCGAACCUAUCUUCGUUUUUGACGGUCCAUACAAGCCUGCGGUCAAGCGAAACAAGAAAUCCGGACGAGGCGACUCCUUCGCCAAUGCACAAGCGAAACGAUUGAUUCGACUAUUCGGCUGUAACACCCACGAUGCGCCAGGAGAAGCUGAGGCGGAGUGCGCCCUGCUACAGAAGUACGGCAUUGUAGACAUGGUCCUAACAGAGGAUGUUGACGCUCUGAUGUUUGGGUGCACCAAAAUGCUGCGACAGUGGUCACCAGCAUCAAAACGCGACAAAACACCUACACAUGUCUCUCUGUUUGAUACGGAGAAGAUGAAGCUUGAUCAGCAUGGCUUGGAUCGCGAGGGCAUGGUUCUGGUUGCUUUGAUGAGCGGCGGUGACUACGAUCCUAACGGGCUCCCCGGCUGUGGAAUCAAAGUGGCUGUUGAGGCUGCCAAAGCUGGCUUUGGUAGAGAUCUCUGCCGGCUGAAGGCUGUGGACAAAGAAGGAACCACAGCUUGGAGAAAUUCCCUAAUACAUGAGCUUCGCACCAACGAGAAUGGUCAUUUCAAAAGGAAGAACAAGGCCUUGGCGAUACCAGAAACUUUCCCAGACUUCAAGGUUCUACGUUACUACACACAUCCCGUUGUGUCUCCAGGACAAAGUAUAGACGAGAUCCGAGAGAAGGUUCACUUCAAAAGAGAGAUACAAUUUGAGGAUCUAAGAGAGUUCACGAGAGAGGUCUUCGGCUGGGAUUACAGAGUUGGCGCUCUCAAGUUCAUCAAGGUGCUUUCUCAUGCAGUGCUCGUCCAGAAGCUGCAAGCUCUAGCAGGACACGACAACGCGGACUACGUCAAAGGAAUUGCAGGGUUUAGAUCCGAUCUCAAGAAUGACUUGGUGUCACAAGUUCGCAUACAGCACAUUCCAAGCGAAAUUGUUCCCAUAGACUUGUCCAAAGAGGAAGAUGAAAAGAUAGUACAAGCCCGAGGGGGGCUGGCACUGAACAGCGAUGACGAAAUCGAAGACGCGGAGAACAUUGAGGAAUCCACGGCGAAACGACAGCCGGCCCCUUUUAACCCUUCAGCGCGGCAAGGUGUUUGGGCAUUGGAAAUAUUGGCAAAGUCGAGAAUACCAGAGGUGUUUGCAGAUGCUCAGGUGAUGCAAAAGGCUGCAGAGAAAAAGAAACAGCAAGCAAAGGAACCCAAAACGAAAGCAACAAGGUCCAAGCCUGGUCCGAAGUCGGGUAUGCCUGCUGGCGCGCUUAACAAGUUUGUGCGAGCAAGCAAGCCUCAUACUGUCUGUACGGUAACUUCCAAGGGGGUGCCCAAAGAGAACGAAAUUAUCACCUCACCGAUCCGACCGACAACAUCCCGUCGCUUGCGAAUACCGUCACCUCUGGAGCCAAGUAAGCAACCUACGUCAACCUCGGGUAGCACCGUCAGGCAGACAACAACCCCUUGGACACUUGCCAGCUCACAGGUGACUCCUAGGACACGAAAGCCUGCAAAUGAACAGCAAGCGAUUAUUAUCACAUCUAGCCCGCCCUGUGCAGCAGACUCGCCUCCCCUUUCGCCUUCGCCACGGCCAAGGACUCGUGUGCCUGCCUCUCACAACUCACCUAACACACUGCGUACGAUUCCUUCGUCGAGUGGUUCUCCGCAAAGGCUGAAAGACUCGGCAUUGAAUGCGAGACGCACGAGACCACCGACUUCUUCUCAGUUUUCUCAGUCAUCUCAGCCUCCCAAGAUGAAGCAGAUGUCCAUGGACAUGUUCACAAAAAAGUCCAAGAACACGAUUUCGUCCCAGACUUCUGUUUCAAAAUCUGCACUCCCAGCUCCCAAACAACACCAACCAAAAUCUCAACCGAGAUUCGAUGAUGACUUUGAUAGUGACUCGUCAACCGAUCUUGCUCCCCUCUCCUCCCUCAUCUCACGCUCCUCUGCAUCCCCUAACAAACGGCAACAAUCAUCCCUCCCACCAGAUCGAAACGCAACCCCAAGUCCUGCUCCUGUGCGGAAGAAGAAGUUGCUCAUCCCAAAGGCCAGUGCCGUGGGUUUCUAUGAGGAGGUGGAGGUUGAUGCCGAAGAGCGCGACGAGCUGAUGGCUAGGGAGACAGCAGCUCUAGAGCGCAGAGGAGUUCAGGCUAAGAUUUUUCGGACGAGCGAUGUUGGAUUCAUAGACUUGACGCAGGAUGAUUAA